AUGUUCGUCGAACAUCUUUCUCUACGCGCAAGACAUACGAUGAACAGUACCGCCAGUCCACCAGUACUCCCGAAUCCGUUCACGCCAAUGGCAUUUCUGCCGCCAGAUAUAGCUUACCAAAACAUGAUUGCAACACAUGUCUAUGUCGGUACGCUGUCUGUCCUCAUCUGGGACAUCCUGAACAAUGCCCGGCAUGAUUUAUUCGCAGUGUUCACCUAUCCCGUAAAGGUGCCAUCGGUAGUGUACCAAAUCUCGAGAUCGGCAGCCUUCACCUUCUCCCUGUGCACUGUCAUAUACCAAACUGCAGCCGUGUCCAUCCCCUGCUCAAGGUUCUGUAGAAUUAUCGACUGGCUUUUCGCAGUAGCAGUCGCUUCAACCGCCCUCCUCUUUCUCAUUCGCGUGCUCGCAAUAUUCGAGCGAAACAAGCCCGCUCGCAUAUUUUUCUGCGUAAUGUGGCUCGCCGUUCUCGCAGGCGUCCUGGCGCCAUCGCAAGGGCUUGCUGGCGACAAUAUCGGUCCGACGAAACACUGCAUCAAUGUCAAGAUCGAAACAUACGUUGGGAUAGCAGGGAUAAUCCCUCUUGUGAACGACACGCUCGUGUUCCUCGCGAUCUCAUGGAGGCUCGCGAGAAUUUCUUACGCGUCCAAUCCGCUAAGAGGAGGAAUCGCAGCGUUCUUCCGUGGCGAUUACCUGCCUGCUUUCUCCCGAGGCCUCUUACAAGAUGGGCAGGUGUACUAUCUGACAACAGUCACAACGAGCCUGCUUACCGUGAUCGUCUUCUAUUUCCCCCUUAUUCCUGUCGUCUAUCGCGCAAUGUUCGCAGUGCCAAACGCAGCGCUCAUGAACAUAAUGGCGUGUCGCGUUUACCGACGCACCAAGUCUGGAAAAUAUUAUCGCAAGGAGUCCCACAACAUCAGCACCAAUCUGGGUUCCUCCAAGGCGAACGACGCCGUCAUCCCUCUAUCUUUCGCCGGCAAAAGGAACGGAAAGACGGGUUCGGCAAUAUCGAAGGGGAUGGGAAAUAAGCAUGGCGAUGUCAUUGAGAUCGUCAAAACAGUAGAACACAAUCGCCUCGAGGAUGAUAAAGGGAUUGGUUAUGGAAGAGGAACUGAUGCUUCCACCAUCGUGUGA